CUAUGAGGACCUCUGCCCUCUGUAGCUAUACCUUUCUUCAUACUAUAAUAUCUUUUUUCUCUAUUAAUCAUUUAAUCAUUAUUAUUCAUUAUUGAUGACACCAAAAAUUAUAUAAGCUCUUUGUUGUUCACUAUGUGCUAGGUACUUUACAUACUUACACUUUACACAUUCUUUAAUACUUACCAUUAAUCCUUACCAAAUUUCCAUGAAAUAGGUAUUAUUAACAUUAUUUUUCAAAUGAGGAAACUGAGACCUAGAGGGGUUAUACAACUUACCUAAGAUCAUACCAGCCAAGAAGUGGUCAAGCUGAAAAUCAAAUUCAGGCCUAUGGAACUCCAGAGCCUAUGUUCUUUUUAUAUUAUGUUAUGUAACUUCUCACUCAUUGUGUCAUUAUUAAGUCAGCAAAUAAUCACAGUGCGCCUAUUAUGUGCCAUGCAUCGUGGUGUGUUUCAAGAUGGUCAAGGAUAAAUUAGACACAGCCCAAGCUUCAAAGAGCAUUUCUUUUGUUCUGUAUUUUCUUUCUGUCUGAAUGCCUGUAUUCAGUGGACAAUCUUUUCCAGCAGACGGAAACCGCUGACAUCCCCUUUAUAACAUGCUUCAAAAUAUUUUGGAAGAUACAUCCAACUGGAGAAGGCAGAGAAGAAAUCCCUCAGAAGUCAGACACUAAGCACUGCUAUGUCCCUCAGGAAGCCUUCCCAAAUCCAGAUAAGGAAACUGAGACCCAGAGAGAAGAAGUGAUUUUUCCUGUGUCACAUAGUGGCAAAAACACAAGUCUGCAGAUCCCCCAAACUGCUAUUGUGGCACUGGAUAAUAGCAUUUUCCUCAAGCUACUAAGUGACAGAAGGCAAGGAAGAAGUCAGACUCAGUCAUUCAACACAUGCACAACCCUUAUGCAAGAUACUGUAAUAAGUGCUGUGGUGGCAGGGAUAAAUCAGUAUUGCCUUGGGCCUGAAGUGGGAGGCAGACUGACCACUGGGUCAUGACAAACCAACCUCAUGCUACCGGGAAAAAAUGAAGUGGGGAUCCCCUUUCAGGACUUGGACUUCAGACCCAUGUUCGCCAGCCGUCUGUGUUGAUACUGCCAUCUAGUGGUGUGGGUGCAGCAUAACCCCCCUGAGUGAGGAAACUGAGGGAUGGACAGAAAACAAUACUUGUUGUGAGUCUUCCUUGGACUGGGAACCAUGGUAGAUGAUACACAUGAGAUUGACACCGUCCCUACUUCAACGACGGAGAAACCGAGUCCCUGGUGGAGAAACCAACCAGACUAAGCCACAGACUGAAGUUUUCCAGCUGCCAGAAGCAUGUUCUUCCCAAUGAAACUGGAGAAAACAGAGGAGGAGCUGAGGACAGUCAGGUGGGUGAGCAAUGGGUGACUGGAGCUUCCUGGGGAACAUCUUGGAGGAGGUGAAUGAGCACUCCACAGUCAUCGGCAGGGUCUGGCUCACGGUGCUGUUCAUCUUCCGGAUCCUCAUCCUGGGCACGGCCGCCGAGUUCGUGUGGGGGGAUGAGCAGUCCGACUUCGUGUGCAACACCCAGCAGCCCGGCUGCGAAAACGUGUGCUACGACGAGGCCUUCCCCAUCUCGCACAUCCGCCUCUGGGUGCUGCAGAUCAUCUUCGUGUCCACGCCGUCGCUGGUGUACGUGGGCCACGCGGUGCACCACGUCCGCAUGGAGGAGAAGCGCAAGGAGCGCGAGGCCGAGGAGCUGUGCCAGCAGGCGGCGGGCGACGGCGGCGACAGGGUGCCGCUGGCCGCCGACCAGGGCAGCAUCAAGAAGGGCGGCAACAGCAGCAAAGGCGCCAAGAAGUUCCGCCUGGAGGGCACCCUGCUGAGGACCUACAUCUGCCACAUCAUCUUCAAGACCCUCUUCGAGGUGGGCUUCAUCGUGGGCCACUACUUCCUGUACGGUUUCCGGAUCCUGCCCCUCUAUCGCUGCAGCAGGUGGCCCUGCCCCAACGUGGUGGACUGCUUCGUGUCACGGCCCACAGAGAAAACCAUCUUCAUCCUGUUCAUGCUGUCGGUGGCCUCCGUGUCCCUCUUCCUCAACAUCCUGGAGAUGAGUCACCUGGGCCUCAAGAGGAUCCGGUCUGCCUUCAAGAGGCCGGUGGAGCAGCCCCUGGGGGAGAUCCCUGAGAAGUCCCUCCACUCCAUCGCUGUCUCCUCCAUCCAGAAAGCCAAGGGCUACCAGCUGCUGGAGGAAGAGAAAAUUGUGUCCCACUAUUUCCCUUUGACCGAGGUCGGGAUGGUGGAGACCAGCCCACUCUCUGCCAAGCCUUUCAGUCAGUUCGAGGAGAAGAUGGGCACCGGGCCCCUAGGGGACCUGUCCCGAGCUUACCAAGAGACCCUGCCUUCCUAUGCUCAGGUGGGAGCCCAGGAGGGGGAGGGUGAGGAGCAGCCGGUGGAGGAGGGGGCCGAACCAGAGGUGGGGGACAAGAGGCAGGAAGCUGAGACAGUGAGCACAGAGGGGCAGGAGACCAUGGCUGUGCUGGAGGGGGAGAAAGCCGAGACUCCCGAGGUGGGGAAGGAGGGCGAGAAGGAAGAGCUGCAGGCUGAGGUUUCAAAGCAAGGGCUGCCCGCAGAGAAGUCACCUUCACUGUGUCCAGACCUGACCAGGGAUGACACCAGACCCCUGAGUAGGCUGAGCAAAGCCAGCAGCCGGGCGAGGUCAGACGAUCUAACCGUAUGAAGUGGUGCCAAAGAAAGAAAGAAAGAAAAGAGGACACCCGAGCUAACAUAGGGCAAGAUGAAACCUAAAGACACCACCAUGAUUUGAGUCUUCUGUCCCUCCCCUCACACCCGCCCCUGGUUGGACAGGCGCUGCGGGGGCACAGUACUUGCUGUGCAACUAGGAAACCACAUUUCCCAUAUAAAAGGAUGACCAAGAUAAACCCAUUGUGCCAUCAAAGUUCCCAGUCUCGAAUGACUGCCCUGCCCCUCUACCCCAACUACAAUGGGGAGCUCUGCUUUCAUCCCCAUUUCUCCAUAGAAAUCCCUCCAAUCAGAACUGUGGUUGCCUCAUAGCUUUUUGCCAGUCAUGACUCAAGCUCACUAGCUCAGCCAGAUUUUUAUCACCCCAGCACUUCCCUAGCAGACACCACAUGAUCACAUAUCAGAGGGGCCCAAACUCAGAUGCCUAUGGGAUGCAGGCAGCUGCUUUAACCUGAUGGGGUGGACCUGUUCUAAUGCCACGGGACGUCUAGGGUUGUGAAGAUUGGGGGGCUCUGCUACUCAGUACCAGGCACUGAUUACUAGGCAGUGUUACCUGACUGUCUGAUUUUCCCAGAGAAGCCAGAAGUCCAAACUUUUCAGUGAAAUUUUUAAUAUUGCCAACUAAUUUUUAAAUAUGCCGUGUGGGCCAAACAAAAUGUGUACAAACCAAAUUUAACCUAUGGGGCACCGAUCUGCAAGAUCAGCCUAUACUGGUGAGCCCAGCUUUCCUAUGGAAUUAUUCAUAUUAUUUAUGGCUCCCAAAUCUCAUCUCACCAUUUUGGAGUGUUUGGUUAAAAUCAUCAGUCCAGGGGAUACCCAAUAUUCUCACUGGCCUUUCUUUUGGGUCACUGUAACCCCUGGGUUCUGAUUCAGUUUUAUCCCUUGAAUUGGUGGGGAUUCUGCCUUGGGUACCAUAAAAGAAAGAGAGCAAGACAUUCCCCCUCUCCCUGAACUGAAAGAGCCUUGUGAGUCUGGUCACAGUUUUCUUCCCUCUCCUCUUCCAAUAUCAGCGGUCAGCCUGAAAUCCACACCCCCUUUCAUCAGGGGAUGGGAGCAAGCCAGUCUGAGCCAGCAGAUAACCUGCCCACUGGCCUGUCUUGAGGAGAGUCAGCUCUCAGGCCUUACCUAGACACAAGAUGUGUACAAAGAGGACUAUCACAGUGAUACUAGGGAGAGCCUCUUACAAAGUGGGAGCUCCAACAGUCAGAAUCCCAAAGUCUAGUCCCAGACCAGGCCUCAUCCUGGAAGGGUCAUAGAGACUAAAGGUAACAAGGGGGAUCUCGAAGUUCUCCUACCCCUUACCCUCACAACCAGCCUUCCUCAAUCAUAGAGCCCAGUCCAGGGAAAUCCUCAAGUAUAAGUACAUAUUCCACACAGGGAGCAAUUUUUACCUGGAGCCAAACAGUUCCCAGAGCUGUGGGACAAAGUGACAAAGUGAGAACCAAGAUGAUUUCUAUAAACCAGAACUACGCUUCAUGGGCUGCAGUGCCAAGGCUAAGGAAGGAGGGAUAGAAACCAAAAUAACAUGGCAGAGAUCUGGACAGGGGACUACCAGGGAAUCCAAAAGAAGUACCCAGAAAACUGCCUUCAUUCUAUCUUUCCCCCAGCCAAUACUAUCCCAAAGUACAUGCAGAUCCCUUGUGCUACCCUCUGGUUAUCCCCUUCCUUUUUUGAUAAUCAUUCUAGAUAUGCUUUUCCAGAGCAAAGCCUCCCCCAAAACUAUUCCUCUCCAAGUGACAAUAUUCCCAUUCCUUAGUGCCCCAUUCCAAAACAAAGUGGUCUAAAAAUUAAAUUCAUCCUAAGGUAUGAUUGUUUGAUAACUACUCUGGGAAAUUUUACAUUUUAAAAGACAGCCUAAAAUGUAUUUUACCUAGGUUAAUCCAAAGUGACAAACUUUCAAUGAAAGAACGUAUCAGGCAGGGGGUAGUUGAAGAGAAGAGAUACAUUUUAGCUCAAAGAAUGUGACUUUCUUUCUGGCCACUGCUGGAAUCUGCCCCUUGCCAUCAACAUUAUUCCACCCAGACCUUCCGGAUGAUGAGACAAGUAGCACAGUCACAGGCCUCAGAGACUGUGUCACUGUACUCACCCCAAAGGCCACACUAUUGCUCCUACAGUUUUACUCCCGAAGACUCAUUUUUAAGAAGAUAUAAACUCAGAACCUGAGAAUAACUUAUCACCAGAAUGGAGUGUCCUGUCUCAACUAGGACCUAAUCCGAAAGAGAAAAGGAAAGGAGAAGUGCACCCUGCUCUAAGUGAAAGCUGCUUGGUGCUGUUUAGAAGCGGUUGCAGAGGCAUGGGUGAAGGCUGCUGGUCUCCUUGUCUGGGCUGGAACAGAAGCCUGUGAGUGAGUGUAUCUCCUUGGAUGAAGCAGCAUCCUGCCUCACUGUCUGUACCCACCCCCCACCAUGGAAGUUGCCAUUUUUCCUAUUAGUCUUCCCAAUAAAAGAGGAAGACUAUUUGGGGAGAAAUUGACCCAGGCAUCAAGAGACCAGGAUUUUUUUUUUUCUAUUUCUGCCAUUUAGUAGCUGUGUUACUGUCAUCCCUCUCUGUAUCUUGGUUUUCUGUCUACAAACUCAAGAUGGUAUUCAUGACCAACCUACCUCCAGGGGUAUCAUAAGGAUUAAUGAGUUGGCUGCCAAGUCUAGAGGCUGCUGAGUGUUGCCACUCCUUGAAAGAUUCCUCUAGCAGCAGGGAGACCAGGAAGAAAGGGAGGUGGGUGGUUUCCAUCCCACCCUCUCAAGCUGCCUUGAAGUUACCUAGUGAGAGUUUCUCAAUAUGGAAUAGACACUCUAGAGAUCAGUUUUCUCAGAGAAGCAAAAUCUGGACCCCAUGUGUUUAGUAUGAACCUGAGGCUCUGUGAUCUUGAGAAAUGACUAGAGGACAGAUUGGUGAUUACUCUCAUCCUCUGGAAAAUGUCCCAGGUUCCAUUCACAGGCAGCUGUGGGUCCGUGAGUGCUCUUACCUAUACAGCUGGAUUUCUCAGUGUCUGUUUUGAGGCAAAUAAUUGUGACUGACUCAGGAUUAAAAAUCCCACCCUGGGCUCCAUUAGAUACAGCUUUAAAUCCUACUCCUGGUCCUUUCCUUGUUAGACUAAAACCCUUAUGGCACGUAGACCUGUUGAUAAAAAGAAGCAGUGGACAGUUGGAUAUCCAAAGUAUAGCUCAUUCCAGAGAAAAAGAGCCAGUCACUUACUAGCAGCUAUAACACCUCCAUCAGGGGAGGUCUGUGACCAGGAGGGACAGAGUUACUUGCAGUUCAGUUAGAAACUUCAAACCUGGCUCUGUAAUCCCCAGGCCUAGUAUUUGGGGCAUCAAAAAAAAAAAAAAAAAAAAAGCCUAUCUGCUUUUCACCAUGACUUCAUCACUUGCCAUACAAGUGACACAUCCAACACAAAAUAUAUAAAUACUCUUAAAGGUCAGGUGACCUGGGGAUAAGAUUUCCCACAAACAAUGAAGUUCAACUCAGAAGUUUGGCCGCCCCUUGUGAUUCUCAGGACCCCAAGAUGUCACUUACCUGCUCCCAAUGAUAAUCUUCCCUAGGUUAAUUGGGGGUAGCAAACGUUGCCCCUCCUUCACAAGAUGGAACAAGUGGAUGUAUAUCCAGGAAACACAAUGAGCAUACUAGAAGAAAAAAGGGGGUGUUUUUAAAAACUCAUUAAUUUGGAAAUAAAAGGAAAGGGAGGAAGGCCUUAUCCAAAUUUGUAAGAAGUCCUUACUGUUAAACGUAUACUGAAGCAAUGACACUCACCACUUUCAAAUACUGCACAGAUUGUUGACUAAGAUCUUGACAAAAAGUGAGCUAAUAAGUAAAGUGAAGGAAGCAAAUGAGGGGGGAUAUGGUCAAUAUUUCUGUAGUCCUGAAUUCCUAAGAAUUACACUAUGAAAACAGAACAUUUUUAAUCAUGCAAGAAUUCAUUGUUCGAGGUGGUGCUACAGAUAGUCAGCCUCCUAGGGCUCCUGUGUGGAGAUACACCAGCCCCUGAGACCCUCUCUGACUCAUGGCAGAAGUGACCCCCUGGCUAUUGAAAGAACUAUUUGCAGGAACUCCUUGGUUUAGCCAUGUGGAAGACCUGGGGCAAGGCUAGUGUGGGCAGUUGUUCUUCAUGAGUUCCUGAGGAGGGUCAUCAGGUCAUGGUCAGGGUGAAAAGGCAGCAUACCUCCCCCACCCCAGGAGAUCCCAUCCCACUCCACAUAUUUCCUCCUCUCUCCUUCCCCAGAUCCAAAUUAUCCCCCCAUGUAUACUGUGUACAAUUGACCACACAACCCAAGUUAGCAAAGUUUAGACAAAAAAGAUUUGCCAGGUUAGAUGGAAAACUCCUCCACACGUAAAUGGAAUCUGUAAAACAAAGUAAAUGUGUGCCUAGAAGUGAUACUGAAUAGUCAGGGAGGCUUUCCAUUCUUGUAAUUAUCAUAUUUUAACAAAACGUGUAACUGGGAAGGAAGGAGGAAAAGGAAACAAAACUCUAGGUUCUGCAGUUAGAGAAGAUGAAAGGAAGAUGUUUAUGAAAGACAAGUCACUCUCCACUGCCCUAGACACUGCAGCUCCCAAAGUUGGCCACCAACGUAGCAGUGGGAUAUACCAUAAGCUCCAGUCCCACUUUCUUCUGGAAGUUCUUGCUCCAGGGUGGAUAAAGAGAAUUCUGGAAGAAUACGUGAAGUUUCCUGGAGGGAAAACUUGAUGGCUUUAUUGCCUUUUUCUGCAAAAUUUUCCAUCUAUGAUAGGAUUAGUAAAGACUCAGCUAAGAAACACGUUCAUAACAAACUUCCUAGGGAAGUCCAUGGCAAGGGAAAGAGGCAUUAUUGGGAUUGUGUCCUGAAUUCUCCAACCCUCUGCAUUGUUAUGUUAGAGCUAAUAGUCACAUGUUAGACUGUUACAAAACAAAUAAAACUAACUUGACUUUUCGC